UCUCUAGAUGUUCUGGGUAGUCUAAGGAGAGUAUGAGGCGAGCUGUGGCCCGGGCGCCUCUCCGCUCCGGGGGAGAAGGCGCGGCCGUGGCUGCCGCCCUCUAAGUCGCGGCGCCAGCGAGGCCCGGCGCGCGCAUGGUGCUGGUGCCGCUCGGGUGUUGAUCGGCCUGUCCCCUCCCUCUCUUCCCCUCCCCACCCCCCGCGGUGGUCUCCCCUUUCCACCCCAGCCCCAGCAGAGCCAUGUCUCGGAGUGGCUCCUGCCCGCACCUGUUGUGGGACGUGAGGAAAAGGUCCCUUGGGCUGGAGGACCCGUCCCGGCUGAGGAGCCGCUACCUGGGAAGAAGAGAAUUUAUCCAAAGAUUAAAGCUUGAAGCAACUUUAAAUGUGCAUGAUGGCUGUGUUAAUACAAUAUGUUGGAAUGACACUGGAGAAUAUAUCUUAUCUGGCUCUGAUGACACUAAACUUGUAAUUAGUAAUCCGUACAGCAGAAAGGUUUUGACAACCAUCCGUUCAGGGCAUCGAGCAAAUAUAUUUAGUGCAAAGUUUUUGCCGUGCACAGAUGAUAAGCAGAUUGUGUCUUGCUCUGGAGAUGGAGUGAUAUUUUAUACUAACAUUGAGCAAGAUGCAGAGACCAACAGACAGUGCCAAUUUACGUGCCAUUAUGGAACUACUUAUGAGAUUAUGACAGUACCAAAUGACCCUUACACCUUUCUGUCCUGUGGUGAAGAUGGAACUGUUAGGUGGUUCGACACUCGCAUCAAAACCAGUUGCACAAAGGAAGAUUGUAAAGAUGAUAUUUUAAUCAACUGUAGGCGUGCUGCCACAUCUGUGGCUAUCUGUCCCCCAGUACCAUAUUACCUUGCUGUGGGUUGUUCUGAUAGCUCAGUACGGAUUUAUGAUCGGCGAAUGCUGGGCACACGAGCUACAGGGAAUUAUGCAGGUCGAGGAACUACUGGAAUGGUUGCUCGCUUCAACCCUUCUCACCUUAGUAAUAAAUCAUGCAGAGUGACAUCGCUGUGCUACAGUGAAGAUGGUCAAGAGAUUCUUGUCAGCUACUCUUCAGAUUACAUCUAUCUUUUUGACCCCAAAGAUGAUACAGCACGAGAACUUAAAACUCCUUCUGCAGAGGAGAGGCGAGAAGAGUUACGGCAGCCUCCAGUUAAGCGCUUGAGACUUCGUGGUGAUUGGUCAGAUACUGGUCCCAGAGCACGGCCGGAGAGUGAACGAGAAAGAGAUGGAGAGCAAAGUCCCAAUGUGUCAUUGAUGCAGAGAAUGUCCGAUAUGUUAUCAAGGUGGUUUGAAGAAGCAAGUGAAGUUGCACAAAGCAACAGGGGAAGAGGAAGACCUCGGCCCAGAGGUGGAACAAAUCAGCCAGAUGUUUCAACUCUUCCUACGGUUCCAUCAAGUCCUAAUUUGGAAGUGGGUGAAACUGCAAUGGAUGUAGAUACACCAGCUGCACUCCUUCAGCCUUCUACAUCGUCUACAGUCUCAGAUCAGGCUCAGGCAGCCGCAGCCACCAUAGAAAGCCCUUGUGCCAGCUCUUUGCUGCCUUCUCCAGACAGUGAGCCAAGGCAGUCUGUUGAGGCGUCUGGACCCCAUACACAUCAUCAAUCUGAUUCUCCUUCUUCUGUGGUUAACAAACAGCUCGGAUCCAUGUCACUUGACGAGCAACAGGAUAACAAUAAUGAAAGGCUGAGCCCCAAACCAGGGACAGGUGAACCAGUUUUAAGUUUGCACUACAGCACAGAAGGAACAACUACAAGCACAAUAAAGCUGAACUUCACAGACGAAUGGAGCAGUACAGCCUCAAGUUCCAGAGGAAAUGGGAGCCAUUGCAAAUCUGAAGGUCAGGAGGAAUGCUUGGUCCCACCGAGCUCCAUGCAGGCACCUGAAGGAGACAGUGAAACAAGAGCUCCUGAAGAACUAUCAGAGAAAGGAACAUUUCCAGAAAACCUCACUCAAAACCAGAUAGAUACAGCACAACUUGAUAACUUCCCAGCUGAGCCACUGGAUCCUAACUCAGGGGAAAGGAAUAACCCAAGUCUUGGCAGCCCUUGUGAGUUUCCAGAAGGCACUUUGUCUGAAACAGACAGGGAGGCUUGUGAACAGACUAGCACUGAGAGUGCUGCCAGGCAUGCCAGCGCCAAGCCUGAACUCCCAUCCCAGACAGAAGCCAUCGAGCUGGCCGGCACUGAGAGUGCUACCAGGCAUGCCAGCACCAACCCUGAACUCCUGCCCCAGACAGAAGCCAUAGCACCUUCAGCUCAUGAAGACCCAUCUGCCAGGGACUCUGCUCUCCAAGACACAGAUGACAGCGAUGAUGACCCUGUCUUGAUCCCCGGUGCAAGAUACCGAACAGGACCUGGUGAUAGACGCUCUGCUGUUGCCCGCAUUCAGGAAUUCUUCAGGAGGAGAAAAGAAAGGAAAGAAAUGGAAGAAUUGGAUACUUUGAACAUUAGGAGGCCACUAGUAAAGAUGGUUUAUAAGGGCCACCGCAACUCCCGGACAAUGAUAAAAGAAGCCAAUUUCUGGGGUGCUAACUUUGUAAUGAGCGGUUCCGAUUGUGGCCAUAUCUUCAUCUGGGACCGGCACACUGCUGAGCAUUUGAUGCUUCUGGAAGCCGAUAAUCAUGUGGUCAACUGUCUGCAACCCCAUCCAUUUGACCCAAUUCUAGCCUCAUCUGGCAUAGAUUAUGACAUAAAGAUCUGGUCGCCACUAGAAGAGUCAAGAAUUUUUAAUCGAAAACUUGCUGAUGAAGUUAUAACUCGCAAUGAGCUCAUGCUGGAGGAGACUAGAAACACCAUCACCGUCCCAGCCUCUUUCAUGCUGAGGAUGUUGGCCUCACUGAAUCAUAUCCGAGCUGACCGUCUGGAAGGUGACAGAUCAGAAGGUUCAGGUCAGGAGAAUGAAAAUGAGGACGAAGAAUAAACAACUCCUUGGCAAGCACUGAGAUGUUCUGAAAUUUGUAUACGACAUUUAUUAUAUUUUUUUUCUUUACAGAACUUUAGUGCAAUUUAAGGCUAUGGUUUUCUGGAGUUCUUCCCCAUUUUUGGGAUAACCAAACAUUGGUCUGGAAUGAGUGUGUGCAUGAGUUGGGAGAGUGUGGAAAACAAACAAGCAAAAUGUUUUUAAAACUUUUUGCCGUGUAUGGAGUCCUAAAAAAAAAAAAUGCAAAGUGCAAUACUUCCCUAACCCUCAGAUGUGGGAGCUUGGAUCAAUGUUGAAAAGUCAUUUUCAUUGUAGUGAAAAUGUUGGUUCAAAUAAAUUUCUACACUUGCCAUUUGCAUGUUUGCUGCUUUCUAAUUAAAGAUGUUGGUUGCUUUAA